AUGGCCUCGCCGCAAUCAAUUGCGAGGCUCGUUGCUUCUCGCCGGCCUUUUGUCGCCGUGCCUUCGACUACUCUCCGAGCUCUCGCCGCCGCAAACUUCUCGUCUUCUGCAUACCACGCAGCUACACCCUCUGGUCCUCCCCCCUCGGGCUUCAGACUGCCUCCUCCCAAGCGAUGGGAUCAGGACGGUGAGUCGUCCUUGGACAAGGCGACCAAGUACUUCCUCAUGGCCGAGUUGUUCCGCGGCAUGUACGUCGUGUUAGAGCAGUUCUUCCGACCACCUUACACGAUCUUCUACCCCUUCGAAAAAGGUCCCAUCUCCCCCCGAUUCCGCGGUGAACACGCCCUCCGUCGCUACCCCUCUGGCGAAGAGCGCUGCAUCGCCUGCAAACUCUGCGAAGCCAUUUGCCCAGCUCAAGCCAUCACCAUCGAGGCCGAAGAACGUGAAGACGGUAGUCGACGAACAACCAGAUAUGAUAUUGAUAUGACCAAGUGUAUCUACUGCGGUUACUGCCAGGAGAGUUGUCCUGUUGAUGCUAUUGUUGAAUCGCCCAACGCCGAAUAUGCCACAGAGACUCGAGAGGAAUUGCUGUAUAACAAGGAGAAACUGCUCGCCAAUGGAGACAAAUGGGAACCUGAAUUGGCUGCCGUCGCUCGUGCUGACGCUCCCUACCGAUAG